UAUUUUGCUUUUUUAUUAUUGAUUUAAAUAAGUAUUUGUCCUGGUGCAUGAUUGCUUCCCUCUGUGGGACUGUCAUGUCAGAGGAACCUUAAACUUUAAAUUCCCUCUUUUCCCUGCAAGUUCAGGCAAAUCCAAGUCCACCAGGGUGGGAAAAAAGGAGGAGACUCCCGCGUCUGCAUGGAAGUCCACGUUCAAAGGUGACGCGGGGGUUUCGCCAGGGGGCGCAGCGGAGCGCGUUUGCGGAGCCGUCUGUCCGUCAGUGUCGGUGCGUAAAGGCAGCCCUGCUGAAGAGCUGCAGGAUCCGAGUCGGAUUCACCUGUGGAGAGAUCUAACGCGCACGAGGCUUUCCCACCCGGAUCCAUGUUUUCAGCAUGAGGGGGAUUCGUGCGUGAGAGGCCAGUGAAGGAGCAAGAACUCCACCAUCUGCAGUGUCCAACUCUGAAGUUCAAGGGAUCAUGCUAGAAGUCUGCUCCUGGACUGGCAGAGUUUCUGUUCUGCUGCUUCUGCUGCGUUGCUCCGACCUGCUGGACGGCCAGCACGCAGCAGACCACAGGAAGGUUCCUCAGAGGGCAGAGAGUGGAGGCCCUCCAGGCUCCUGGGGUGCAUGGGGUCCGUGGUCGUCUUGCUCCAGGACUUGUGGAAAUGGAGUCCAAGAGCAGAGCAGGGCCUGUCUGCCGGUGUACAUGCAGCGCUCCAGUGUUCAGCUGCAGCAUCCGGGCCGCAUCAUUUCAGCUCUGAGACCUUCUCUGCACAGUGAUGGAGGCAGAGCGCUCAACAGCAGCAGCAUGGACCUGAGGAGGGGGAAGCAGACCAGACCUGGUGAACGCAGUCGUAGCACGUCCAUUCUUCCAGGCAAAUACGGCUACGGCAGAGGCCUCUACGUUCCUCUUCAGACAGAUGCAGGUCGGCGAUCUGAGUCCCCCAACCUGCACAAACAGAGACGCUCGGCUGCAGCGACUUCCCAUCACCCGUCAGCGACGGGGCGCAGCAGCUUCCGGUCCACCAACCCGAACAACCUCCAUCACUUCAGGAGACCCGCACACUCCAAUGCACACCUGAGACAUAACCAGGUGUGGGCGCCCCUCUACCAGCCCUCCUCGUCCGACACAGGCAGGGUGCAGCCGGAGGUGAAUCCGAGGAGUCAGGAGCGGCCCUACAACCCACUGCCGACUUCCUCCUGCUCAGGGGAGCACGCUCACUACAGGAUCUGCAACAGUAAUGCUUGCCCUCCGUCCAGCAGACACAUCCGAGCGCUGCAGUGCUCUUCGUAUAACAAGCAGCCGUUCAUGGGCCGACUAUAUGAGUGGGAGCCUUUCAAUGAGGUUCAGGAGGAGCAGCUCUGUGAGCUGCACUGCCGCGCCGUGGGCUUCAGGUUCUACGUUCGGCACUCGGAAAAGGUGAUCGAUGGAACGCCGUGUGGGCCAAACGACGCUUCUCUAUGUGUGGGUGGAACGUGCACGAGUCUCGGCUGUGAUGGAUACCUUGGAUCAGGAAAGGUGAUGGACAAGUGCAACAUCUGUGGAGGCGACAACUCAACCUGCAGGCUGGUCUCAGAGUUGUUCAAACACAGUUUUUCCAAAAUCGGCUACCACAAGAUAGCAGAAAUCCCAGAGGGAGCAACCAAGAUCAACGUGACGGAGAUGGUGAAGAGCAGAAACUACCUCGCUCUACGAAGCCGAUCAGGACGAUCCAUUGUCAAUGGAAACUGGGCCAUUGAUCGUCCUGGGAGGUACGAGGGCGGUGGGACCAUUUUCACCUACCGCAGACCCAAUGAGAUCAGCAGCACUGCUGGGGAAUCUCUUCUUGCUGAAGGGCCAACCAAUGAAAUCCUGGAUAUUUUUAUAAUCUUCCAGCAGCCAAAUCCUGGUGUUCACUACGAAUACAUUCUGCCCUCCCAGAAAACAACUGGACCUCAGAAACCAAACCACAGACCUGACGUUGGGAAUGCACAGGAUGGAUCUGAGCAGCACAGCGACACACAGCAGGAAAACUUCGACCCUGCAGAUCGGGGAAGGUCUCCAUCUCGUCUCCCUGACAACCAGGUACCGGCUGUGCAACCACCCAGACGUGGGAGAGAGUACAACUGGAAGCAGACCGGAGCUACAGAAUGUAGUAUUUCCUGUGGAAAAGGUGUCAGAUAUUCCAUCUUUCACUGCGUCAACCGGCUGAACCACGUCCAGGUGUCAGACUCUCUGUGCGACAGCAGCAGCCGACCGUCUCCACAGGAGGAGGCGUGCAACCUGCAGCCGUGUCCGGCAUUCUGGGACAUCGGGGAAUGGUCGGAGUGCAGCAAGACUUGCGGGCUAGGUAUGCAGCACCGGCAGGUUCUGUGUCGGCAGGUUUACGCCAACCGCACCCUCAACGUCCACACCAGUCACUGCCGACACCUGGAGCGACCCGAAACCGCCUCUUCCUGCCAGCUGAAGAUCUGCAGCGAGUGGCAGAUCCGCACCGAGUGGACUUCUUGCUCCAUGCCGUGUGGGUUGGGUCAGAGGUCACGAGAGGUGCGCUGCGUCAGCAACGUGGGCGAUUUUGUUCCUGAUGAGGAGUGCAACAUGAAUCUGCGGCCCAUCGACAUGGAAAACUGCGACAUGGGAGCCUGUGCAAAGAGCUGGUUCUACACCGAGUGGGGCAACAAGUGCUCUGCUGAGUGUGGGAUGGGUGUAAGAACUCGCGGGGUCCUCUGCCUCAAAAACCAAAUCAGCAGUCUGCCUCUGGAGGGGUGUGGCAGCGAGCGUCCUGCAGACUCUCAGGUCUGCAACAACGGUCCCUGUGAGAACCGCAUCGAGUGGUUCACGGGUCCCUGGAGUCAGUGCUCUGCAGAGUGCGGUGCAGGCAGCCAGCAGAGGGCAGUGGUGUGUUUAAUGAAAUCAGAAGACGGAGUCUCCGUCAUGCCGCCGUACGAGUGCUCAUCCCUGAACCGGCCGCUCGGCCAGCAGAGCUGCAACCUGAAGGCCUGUGGAGCCAAGUGGUACCACACGGACUGGAGCGCUUGCUCAAAGACGUGUGAGGGGGGUUUCCGUGUGCGCGAGGUUCGCUGCCUCUCUGAUGACGUGCAGUCCAGUGAGGGCUGUGACGAGCGUCUGAAACCUGCAGAGACGGAGAGCUGCAACCCCGAGCCCUGCUUGCCUCAGAUAGAUGAGAACUGUAGAGACAAGCACUUCAACUGCAACGUGGUGGGCCAGGCUCGCCUCUGUGUGUAUAAAUACUACAAGGAGACAUGCUGCGCUUCCUGCAUUCGAGCUGCCCACAAACAGAUGAUCCACCGAGGCCGCAGCUAGCACCACGUUGGGAUUCCAGAGAUCACUCCGGCUCUGGAGGAGAAGAUUGAGGCAAGAAGUUACAAAGUUACCCUUCAGGAGUUCAGCUGGUCUGAAGAGGUAGAAUUUUUGUUGGCUCAUUUGGAACGCUGGGAUGUAAUCGGAUGGCACUUGCUAGAAAAACAAUUCCCUGGAAAAGAAGGAGAUUAGUACCUGCUUUGUUUUCCUUUUUUUUUUUUUUUUUUGCAAACAGUUUGCAAAGAUUGGAAUUCAAUGGAGUACACAUGGAAGGGUAACGGAUCUUCUUCAUCACCACAAAACCUUUGCUUCAUACUCACUGUUGACCAAAGAUAUCCAACCCAAAAGACAACACCUCAUAAACCCCUCUUUUUCAGCCGCUCUGCUGCUCUUUUGCAUUAUUUAUGUGUGCGGUUCCCCUGAGUGGACCGUCCACUGGUGACUUCCUUCUGGCUGUUCUUCCUUUAGCUCAUCACGAUGUCUGAACAGAUUGGAGGCAUUCCACAGACUGCUGGAUGGCUGAAGCAGAUGCUCACGAGUCCUUUCUUUUGUAGACGGGGAAACGAACUGUAAAUGUAGAAUCCCUCAAUUGUACAGCCCCUGAUCAUCCACAGUUCCCUGUAAAUAUUAAUAUUUAACUGUUAUAAUAUUUUAGAACAUUUGUUUUUGCAUUUUUUUUCUCUUAAAAUGACAUUCGGCAAAAAUGUUUUGUUCCAUUACUGUCAGAUACCUCCAACUCCAAAGUACUGUAUGUAUGACAAAGUUCAGGGAUUCUCGAGUAAAGAAAUUUCCCAUCAGGCCUUUGUUUACACUCUUACCCGUUAACUUAUAGUAUCUCACAAGCUCAAGCUAACAUUAGUGUAGCCAAAAAAAAAAUGGUGAACAAUAUUGGAGAUUGGAUCCAUACAGUUUAAAGCCAGACACCAGCUCAGACCAGGAAAAUUAAGACACUAAUAGAUGUAUUUGUCUGAAUUGGAGCGGAAAAAGGUAGACUUUGGCUCACCCUUGGUAGUUGCUGUGUCAUUAGUCUGAGCAUUUUCAAGCAUCUGCUUUUCACCUGCUCCUAUUCCAACAUGAUUUGAAUCAAAAAAAUAAUCACAAAUGCAGUUUUAAUCGUAAAUUUUUAUAUUAAGGUCCUUUAUUGUGAGAAAAAUGCCACAAAAAUGUGUUAAAAAACAAAUUUUCAUCAUUUCUACCUUCAAAGAGGAGAAUUCAUGAAGUUUUAUGAUGAGAAACGGUUUCAUCGCAGUCAUAGGAAGACCUGCAUGGAAUCCGGAUGCUCAACUGUUGUGAUUUACCAUGUUUUAGGUUCAGCCUUUAGCUUAUUUUAGAUUAAAAAAAAUGUUUUUUCAGGUCUUCUGUAUCAAAUAAUAGAUUUCCCUUUUUUAAAAAAUUGGACAAAACUGAAAUGAAGAAACAAAACUUUUUUUUUAUUUUAAAUGUAAAUAGGUACAUAAAUAAAUAAAUAUAAAAUCAAAAA